ACACUUAACGCUAGCGAGCGCUAAGCGCAAUCUUAAUCCUGCGACGAGAGGAGGACGAGCUCGGCCAUCCUAUGCGAUAGUUGUUCCAAGGUCUGUAAAACCGUAGGGCGAAAAAAUGACGGUAGGAGCGGGAUUGGCGUGCAGGUCUUGCCUUGCAUCUGCUGUGCCGUCUCUCCACUCGGGUGCUGCUGGCGUUCGAUGCUCCUCUGCCUCUUAUCCUUCUACUACCUCAGUCUCCACGUACACCUUCAUCGACCAUAUAUCUUUCAUUAGAGAUGUAGCUGUUGCGAACCCUCCAGAACGUCUCCAUUGUUUGCUGAACAUGCUCCAAGCACGAGGUGAAACUAUAGUACCUCCAGGAGCGAAGGAAGGACUCAUUCCCCUUGUUAUUCCUCUAUCAGAAAGCUUUUCAGGUACUUUCACGUCCUUACUAAGGUGGCCAACAUCUCCACCUGGGAUGGAGAUGCCAGUUGUGGAAGUUCGAAAGCAUGGGGUGUGGUACUUGGCAAAAAGUGUGGACCAAUACAUUCAUAGAAUGCUUGCUGAGGAAGAUGCCAAUGUCAUCCAGGAAAACAAGUUUUCGGAUGCUGCUGCCGUUCUUGGAAGAGAGUUAUAUAACAAAGGAGAUCUUAUAUCAUCUGGUAUUACUGAUAUUGAUAACUAUCUGUUGAAGGUCGGUCUGUUUCCAGAUGUGAUAGAGCGGAAAGUGGCACGCCAUUUGCAGAGAAAAGAUUAUGUUUCAGCACUGGUUACUGGGGAGUUCUACACAAGGAAUCACUUUCCAGGAUUUGGAAGGCCUUUUGUUUUCAAUGCGGAGAUUUUACUGAAGGUAGGGCGCAAACAUGAGGCCAAAGAUGCAGCUCGGGGAGCCCUGAAACAGCCAUGGUGGACACUGGGUUGUAGAUAUCAAGAAGUUGCUGAGAUUGCACAGUGGGAAGAUGAGCAGAUUGAGUAUAUAAAAGAGAAGGUGACAGAGGAGGGCAAGAAGGAAGAUCUGAAGAAGGGAAAAAUGCCAGAACAGGUGGCUCUUGAUGAAGCUGCGUUUUUGUUAGAUUUAGCCUCAAUUGAUGGAAGUUGGAAUGAAGUUGUGGAUCGUGUCUCUGAAUGCUACUUGGAGGCUGGAUUCUCUGAUAUUGCUAAGUUUGUAAAGUACAAUAGGUGAAAAUAUUGUUUCUAUUAGUAACUGAUAAUAGAAUAGUCUUUUACAAGUUCAGAAAGUGAAAAUAUUGAUUAUAUAAUGAUUCCUGAAAUUUUGAGAUAAAUCCAGGCGGGCAUUAGUUUUUAAAGUAGAAUUGUGGAAACUUCAAUUUGCAGAAUAGCUGUAGCCAUCAAUCAGCAUUAUAUAGCUUCUUUUGUUAGCAUUUUAGAAAGUUCAUCGGUUCAACUUGUGAAUUCGUCAUUAUGCAAAAUUU